AUGGGGUUCGGCGGCGUAUUGAGGUGUGGUCAACCGAAGGACAUUGACCACCAUCUUAUUACCGCGUUGAUUGAACGCUGGAGGCCAGAGACUCAUACGUUUCACUUUCCAUACGGUGGAGCGACAGUGACUUUGGAAGACGUGGAGGUCUUAUGGGGCUUCAAAGUUGACGGGGAUGCUGUGACGGGUUACAUCCCCACUAAAGAUGUCAGCUAUUGGAUACAACUGUGUUUGGAUUAUCUUGGAUUUGUACCAGAUACAGUUGAACUGAAAGAAAUGGUUUGGAAGCAGACAAGCUUAUCAAAUCAACUGAGGAUUGAGUUGAGUGAUGAACACGACCAGUACAUAUAUGUUCAACAACUAUGUGCUAGCUAUAGCUGGGGUGGUGCGACUCUUGCUUGUUUGUACCACAAUUUAUGUGAAGCUGCUCUUGCUAGGAGGAGCGAUGUCGGGGGAGCGUGUACUUUGUUACAGUUGUGGGCUUGGGAGAGAAUCCCAAAUAUAAGAUCGAAGAUGCUAAAUCCCGUACAUAUAGACUACGCACCAUGUGCUGUCGCAUGGGGUGGUCCGACAUCAUAUGUAAAAGCACUUGGGCAUUGCAUUGAAAAUUUCAGAGAUCAGUUCUCCAGAAUGCACGCCAACCAAUUUAUUUGGAGGCCUUAUGUCAUGCGAAACAUGCCGGACAUUUGUGUUGACGGUCGUCCUAUAUGGACGUCGAUCACAACUCUUAAUUGCUGGAAUAUGGUUGAGCCACACUUGCCACAACGAGUGUUGCGACAAUUUGGGAUUGUCCAACCGUAUAUCCCGCUUGUCAACCGGUUCCACGGAUCUGAUUUUGUGAAACGGGAUCGUCAUGGCAAAUCUGGCCGAAAUUGGGUUGAGUACCACGCCAAUCAUAUACAGGAUUGGGACAAUAGGCACAACAUGGUGUGGACUGAUCUGGAGUACUCAAAUGAGCCUAUUGCAACUGAUGAAUAUAUAGAUUGGUUUCGCCGGAUAACUGUGGUGUACUUAACUAAACCUGGCGUGCAUGCUCAAGAGGGCUUCCAUGAAACGGCAUCCUCUCAUAGCUACGCGGUGGAGACGCUACGCCACUUUCUAAGUGGGCAAGACAUGACAGGACGACCGGAUUUGUUCACAAUUUCGAGGAUGGUUGAAGAUGGUCUGCAGAUAUCUGGGGAGACUGAGAUGAUGGACUACCGUCCUUCCCAGCGCUCUGAGCUGGACAUUGACAUGCCCGUGAGGCAAAAGGGAAGCGACGUGGAAAGAAGAAAACUGCUGGUGGAGAGUCGUCAUCUUCAAGGAUGGAUGCUCAUUUGGUAG